AUGAAGAAAAGCAGGAGUGUGAUGAUGGUCACCACAGAGGGGAAUGCUAAAGAUUAUUUGGAAUGCAGCCUCAGCAAGUCUUACAGUGCAUCAACUAACACUCUUGGCAUAGAUCUUUGGAGAGGAAGAAGAGGUUGCUCUGGUAAUUUACAGUUACCACCAUUGUUCCAAAGACAAGGUGAAAAAGGAAGAACACCAGACAGAGAGACUAUUUGUAGACCCACAACUUUGCCUUUACUGACUCUUCCCAGCAUUGCUAUUACUACUUAUCAAGAUAGCUUUGAUGUGGAAAAUGGCCCAUCACCAGGUCGCAGCCCACUGGAUCCUCAGGCUGGCUCUUCUUCUGGACUUGUGCUACAUACCACUUUUCCAGGGCACAGCCAACGCAGGGAGUCAUUCCUGUACAGAUCAGAUAGUGACUAUGACCUGUCACCAAAGACUACAUCAAGAAAUUCCUCUCUUCCAAGUGAACAGCAUGGAGAUGAUCUGAUAGUUACACCUUUUGCACAGGUCUUGGCAAGUUUGAGGAGCAUAAGAAAUAAUUUUACAUUACUGACAAAUCUGCAAGGAACAUCAAACAAGAGAUCACCAGCAGCAAGUCAGCCAUCAGUCUCCAGGAUUAACAUUCAAGAAGAAUCUUAUCAAAAAUUAGCCAUGGAAACUUUGGAAGAAUUGGACUGGUGUUUAGACCAACUUGAAACUAUUCAGACCUACCGAUCUGUUAGUGAGAUGGCAUCAAAUAAGUUCAAGAGAAUGCUCAACCGGGAACUGACACACCUUUCAGAAAUGAGCCGAUCAGGCAAUCAGGUGUCUGAAUAUAUUUCAAACACCUUCCUAGACAAGCAGAAUGAUGUGGAAAUUCCCUCUCCCACACAGAAGGACCGAGAGAAAAAGAAAAAACAACUCAUGACACAGAUCAGUGGUGUGAAAAAGUUAAUGCACAGUUCAAGCUUGAAUAAUACUAGUAUUUCAAGAUUUGGUGUGAAAACAGAAAAGGAAGACCAUCUAGCCAAGGAGCUGGAGGAUUUGAAUAAAUGGGGUCUGAACAUAUUUAAUGUUGCAAGAUAUUCUCACAGUAGACCUCUCACCUGCAUUAUGUAUGCCAUUUUUCAGGAAAGGGAUUUGCUGAAGACAUUCAAGAUCUCAUCAGACACCUUUAUAGCUUACAUGAUGACUUUGGAAGAUCACUACCAUUCUGAUGUAGCUUACCACAACAGUCUUCAUGCAGCUGAUGUAGCCCAAUCCACUCAUGUUCUUCUAUCCACCCCAGCCUUGGAUGCUGUCUUCACUGAUUUGGAAAUUCUUGCAACCAUUUUUGCAGCAGCAAUUCAUGAUGUAGAUCAUCCUGGUGUCUCCAAUCAAUUUCUUAUUAAUACAAAUUCUGAACUUGCUCUGAUGUACAAUGAUGAGUCUGUCUUGGAAAAUCAUCACCUUGCUGUAGGUUUUAAGCUACUACAAGAAGAGCACUGUGACAUCUUCCAGAACCUGACCAAGAAACAGCGCCAAACUCUCAGGAAAAUGGUGAUCGACAUGGUUUUGGCAACAGAUAUGUCCAAACAUAUGUCUCUUCUGGCAGACUUAAAAACUAUGGUGGAAACAAAAAAAGUGACCAGUUCUGGGGUCCUCCUCUUAGAUAACUACACAGACAGAAUACAGGUUCUCCGAAAUAUGGUCCAUUGCGCUGAUUUAAGUAAUCCCACGAAAUCCCUGGAGCUCUAUCGGCAGUGGACAGACAGAAUCAUGGAAGAGUUUUUCCAGCAGGGAGACAAGGAACGGGAUAGAGGAAUGGAAAUCAGCCCAAUGUGUGACAAACACACAGCUUCUGUAGAGAAGUCACAGGUUGGGUUCAUUGAUUAUAUUGUCCACCCACUUUGGGAGACGUGGGCAGAUCUAGUGCAGCCUGAUGCCCAGGAUAUCCUGGAUACCCUGGAAGAUAAUAGGAACUGGUACCAGAGCAUGAUCCCUCAGAGUCCCUCUCCUCCCCUUGAGGAACGCAACAGAGACUGUCAGAGUCUGAUGGAGAAGUUCCAGUUUGAGCUUACCCUUGAAGAGGAGGAUUCCGACAGCCCUGAGAAAGAUAGUGAUAAUAUCAGCUAUUUCAGCGGUACAAAGACACUCUGUGUGAUUGAUCCGGGGAAAAGGGAUUCCCAAAGGGGAGUCAAUAUAAAAAUUCUGGCAGAUGAUACAUUGCCUAGUGAUACUUAAUGCAGUGUAUCCAUAUUGGUAAAUUUAAAUCCUUAAUGUAUGUGAAGGUUGUCUCACUGACAAACCUGACGUUUAGGUCUUCAGCCAACAUCCAACCAGCAUUGGCUAAAAGACCUUACCAGCGCCUUAAGAUUGGAGUCAGGGUUAAGGAGUGUGUAAUGACUGCUCAGGAAAUUAACAGGUGAUUUACAUUGCAGUUUAAGCUUUGUCAGCCAAAAAAAAAAAAAAAUGAUUGUGGUGGUUUGGAGCCAGAGUGAGUUGUUACUGAGUAAGCCUAAUGCUGAGUGACACAUAACAGAAAUCUUUUCUAUUCCUAAGAGAUUUUGCAACCUUUAGUAGGCCCAACAGCUAAAACUACUGAUUCAUAACUCUGAAUUUAAAACUUGUCCACCUGUCUGCAGACCCUUGUGCCUUUUUUAUAAAUACUUCCAUGUCUUUUUGAGAAGCCUACUAAAUAGACAACAACAAAAUGUGUUUGAUAUUGAAGUAUUUUAAUUAUUCCAGUUUUAAUGAAAAAAGUCUUCCUUUUUAUGGGCAAUAUGUGUUACUGUAUUGAAGUUUAAUCACUUUGACUCACUAAGUAGAGCAGCGUGCUCCACUUCUUGCAUCAUUGGCUAUUUUAUCUGUCUUGCAGCCCCUGUGUAGCUCUUCUAUUUGCUUGCUCCUGAAAACGGUAUUCUUCACUCAACUGUUUUUGACAUUUUUUGUGCACAGGAAAACAUGUAGCUUUGUGUUUUCAUAACACAAUAUAGCACACGUGAAAACUGGCAUACUGAAUUAGUGUGAUGUACAUUCUACCCUUGUAGUGUUUUUAGUUCUUUAAACUCAGUAGAAAUUGUAAGCUUGCCCCUUCUGAAUUCUUCUCCUUGCAUAGUUCAUGUCAUUAAGUUUAGUCCCCUUUUUUCUCCUGCAACUGCCUUGAGCUCUAACAUGUCCAGUACUGUUUAUAACAGGGUAUUUAUUACUUAAUGUAUAUAAUGUAAUGUUUUGUAAGUAUUAAUUUAUAAAAAUUAACAUUACCUGUCAGUGGUGAUGCUAUUUGUGUAGAAGACUCUGAAUAAGAGUCGCCUUUCAUGUAAUUUUUUUUGUAUUGCAUAAAAUAAAUGAACCUGAACUUAGCUUAAAAUAGACAUAGGAAACCUAGAGAGGGCAUUCACGUGGCAUUGGGUCACAGGGGUUUCAUUUUCUGUUGGAUCUGGGAAAUCAUCAUUGUUGGUGACUGAGAGAGAUUUAGAUGAUACGUUCAGAUGAUACGAAGCUACUGAAAAAAUACCUAGUAAUGUCACAAAUUUUAAGUGUUAUUUCCAGUUUAUGAACAAACCAAUGUGAAUUUAUAAGACAAAAUGUGAACUGAUGUUAUAAUUGUGCUGUGAAACCUUUUUCAACAAAGCUUGUUAGGCAUGUAUAUUGUGCCAGUUUCAGUUAGUAAAACAAUAUUUCAAGCUUUCAAUCCAAUUUGUGACUAACUAGUUGAUAAAAAUAGCACAUUUGUGCAUGGUCAGUGGGUUUGUAUGUCUGUUGAACUCUGCAUUGUUCCAGGUGGUUAUUUUAUUGUUUCAAAUUUUCACACAAUGUAUGUUGUUAUAGUAUUAUAUAUUGUGUCCAGAUGCAUUCUUAAGAGAUUUUUAUAUGAAGUGAAUAAAUGAAAGCAUGACUUAGACCGA